AUGGCGGCGAUCGGCCGUUUCUUGCCAAAGGCCGCUCUCCGGGCACUACCACUUUACACCCUUCUGAAGAAGGGAGCAACUUUUGAAUGGUCAGCGGAGGCCGACACGACAUUCACCCAGCUGAAGGAGAUCCUUUCGUCCCCUCCCAUCCUGACCAGCCCUAGACCAGGGGAGACACUGUACCUAUACUUGGCAGUGCGGGAAAAGGCAGUAAGUUCCGUUCUGGUCAGAGAAGAGGAGGGAGUCCAACUUCCCGUCUACUUUGUCAGCCGAUCAUUGAAGGGAGCGGAGCUCCGGUAUCCGAUGUUGGAGAAAGUAGCGCUGACCUUGCUGAACACAGCUCGGCGACUGCGGAGGUACUUUCAGGUUCAUCGCAUUAUCGUCUGCACCGACCAGCCGAUCAGACAGGUCCUCCAUAAGCCAGAUCUGGCUGGUCGCAUGGUUAGCUGGUCCAUUGAGCUCUCCAAGCAUGACAUCCGCUACGAACCCAGGAAAGCCAUUAAAGCCCAAGUCCUCGCCGACUUCCUAGUCGAGCUCACGGACGAAGAGGAACCCCCUGCUGAGACUACAUGGGUAGUCAACGUAGAUGGCUCGAGUAACAAGGAAGGUGGAGGGGCUGGAAUCGUUUUGCAAAGUAGCACUGGGAUGGUGGUCGAACAGUCCCUCCGUUUCAACUUCCCAACAACGAACAAUCAGGCCGAGUACGAGGCCUGCAUUGCGAGGCUGGUCACAGCUCGAGACCUGGGAGCAAAGGAAAUCCUUGUCCGCUGCGACUCACUUCUGGUCGUCUCACAAGCCAAUGGUGAAGCUCAAGCUAAGGAUCCCAUAUUGGAACAGUACUUGGCCCAUUUGAAGCGACUGGCUUCAACCUUCAGCAAGGUAGAAUUCCGUCACGUCCCAAGAGCACAAAAUGAUCGCGCGGACACUCUGGCCAGCACCGGGAAACCCGGCCUGAAUGGGACAGUCAUUCAAGGAACCCUGGCCCUCCCUUAUGUCGCUGACCCCAAUCGACCGUCGGGACAGGUGACGAUGCAUGUCGAUAUGGAUGAAGACUGGAGAUCCCCUAUCUUCAAGUACCUCAGAACUGGAUGGUUGCUAGAGGACAAGGCCCAAGCCAAGAAGUUGGUCAGGUGCUCCUCCUGGUACACCAUAAUCAAUGACGACCUCUUCAAGCGGGGAUUCUCCACCCCCCUUCUCAAGUGCUUGCCCAAGGACAGAGCGGCUUAUGUUUUAGCGGAAAUCCACGAGGGCAGCUGCAGCCACCAUCCGGGUGGACGCUCCCUUGCCAGAAAAGUACUCCGAGCCGGUUACUACUGGCCCACCUUGGAGAAAGAUGUUGUGGAUCAUGUUAAGCGGUGCGACCCAUGUCAGAGGCACGCUGACCUGCACAACGCUCCACCUGCACGUCUUUCAUCUCUGGUCAGCCCUUGGCCUUUUCACCAAUGGGGAAUGGAUCUUCUAGGUCCAUUUGACACGGCCCCGGGUCAGCUCCGACACUUGAUCGCAGCAGUAGAUUACUACACCAAGUGGAUCGAGGCAGAGCCACUAGCAAAAAUUACCUCGGCUCGGGUGCAACGCUUCUUCUACAAGAACGUUAUUAGUAGGUUCGGCGUACCCAGGGUCCUGGUCACAGACAAUGGGACCCAGUUUACCUCUAAAGGAUUUAGGGAACUAAUGGACGGGCUACACAUCAAACAACGGUUUACCUCCGUCGAACACCCCCAAACAAACGGACAGGCUGAGUCGGCGAAUAGAGUCAUCCUCAGAGGCCUCCGGAAAAGACUGAGGAAAGCCAAAGGCAAUUGGGCCGAGCAACUCGACCACGUCCUGUGGGCAUACCGCACAACACCGCACUCGACUACCGGGGAGAGCCCUUACCGCCUCACCUUUGGCACAGAAGCGGUUAUUCCGGCUAAGAUAGGAGAACCGAGCGCUCGAACGGCUGGAUUCGACCCCGUUCAGAACGGCCAACUCAUCGAGGAGGACCUUGACCUCCUGGCUGAAAGAAGAGCGGUCGCCAACUGCAGAGAGCUGAUCGCAAAGCAACAUGCAGCUCUUCGCUAUAACAAGAAAGUAGUUCUCCGCUCCUUUGCCACUGGAGACUUGGUCCUGCGGAACGCCAGCGUCGGAGCACGUUCGACCGAGCGCGGAAAGCUAGCAGCCAACUGGGAAGGCCCUUAUAGGGUGACCGAAGCAACCGGCACAGGAGCAUACAAGCUGGAGACUAUAGCCGGGAAAGAGAUUCCCCGCACUUGGAAUGCAACUAAUCUGAGAAGAUACUACAGCUAG